CAGUGUACAACAGACGUUUAGAGUGUUUUGAUGAUACUUUUCUAUCAAUACGUGGAAAGUAUCAAUAAGCACUGGUGUUAAGUGUGUUUGCAAACGUGAUUACUUUUUUUUUACAAACUAGUUAAUGUUAUAGGGGAAGAACAGAAUGUUGUAAAGGUUGUAGCGGCGUUUUUCAUAACCUCGAAAACCAGCAACGAGCUAUACUUUCGUGCAGAUAAGAAUGCCGCCAACAAAGAAGACUGAUUUGGACAAAUUAGCAUGGGCUUGGGUAGAAAGUGUUUUACCAGAACGAAUAGAAACUGUACAUUUGGAAACUGCUUACAGAAUAGGUUUAAAAACAUGUAAAAAUUGCAAACGCAAUUGCACAAAUAAUCCGCAAUGUCUAACAGGACUAGGGGAGGAAAAGUAUCUGAAAUCGCAACCUGUAGAAGUAAUGUCUUUAGAAAGUUCUUUAUCGGAAUUACGAGAUCCUACGGAGUAUGUUGGGUUAAAGAAUCUAGGUGCAACUUGUUAUGUUAACAGUCUAAUUCAAAUGUGGUUUCACAAUGAAGAUAUGAGGAGGAUAAUAUACAAAUGGAACAUCACAGACGAUCCGGAAGAACGGGAGGCUGUAUGUCAAGCUAAGAAGGGAGGGCUACCAUUUCAUCCAGUGACGGCGGUUGGGCAGUUGCAAUACAUAUUCGCAAUGAUGCAAUUUGGGAAUCGUCGUCUCCUUGAUCCAAUGAAUCUUGCUGUUGCGUUGUCUUUGGAUACUAGAACUCAACAGGACGCACAGGAAUUCUCCAAGCUACUCCUCUGCCAUAUCGAAGGGAAACUGCAACAAACCGCAGAACUGAAGGAGAUGCUGCAGACGCUGACUCAAGGGAAAUACAGCUAUAUCAAUUGUUGUUCGAAAUGCGGUACCGAAUAUCCGACAUCCACUACAUUCUACGAAUUGGACCUGCAGCUUGCAGCUACCCUGAAGGAGGCUGUAGAGAAAUACUUGUCCGUGGAACAACUAACCGGACCAAAUCAAUAUCAUUGCGUUACCUGCAAUGACAAAAAGGAUGCGCGUCGUUUUAUACGCUUGGAAUCCCUCCCAGAAACGUUAAACAUACAAUUGAUGCGUUUCGUCUUUCAUAGAGAUUCUGGGCAGAAAAGAAAGCUGAAUUCUUUUAUACAGUUUCCAGAGGAUCUUGAUAUGUCUGAAUAUGUAAGAUGUCCGCCGCAAUCACAGUUGUACAGUCUUGUCGCGGUUCUGAGUCAUAAAGGUUCAUCCGCGCAUUCGGGCCAUUACAUCGCCAAUAUAUGUAAUUCGAAUGGAGAGUGGUAUCAAUUUAGCGAUGAUAAAGUCGAGAAAAUGCAGAACAAAAGAAUCGAAGACGGUGUUAACGAAACUACGAAGAUCGUUAGGCGAGGGCGUAUACCAAAAGGUUGUCUUUCCUCAAAUACCGCGUACAUGUUAGUGUAUAAAAAAGUUACGGUCGAAUGGCGGAUGAGCAACUGGAAGAAAGCAAAAUCGAAGAAGGGGGAAAUAGAAACAAACAAUCAUAACACGGAACAUAACAUGUUUAUCGAUAAAGAGAAACCGGACUCGUCGGACGAAGGACAGCGUAAAAACGGACCAGAUUCUACGGUGUCCGAUUCGAGUGGCCCCGAUGAAGUAGUGGAGCUGGACACAGAAAAUAAAAUGGACGCCGAAACCGAAGCGUUGUCUUCUCAAGACAUUACUGUACAGGAAAAGAUAACGUCUAUGAUGCUGGAUUCCAAUAUCGACGAACACAAUGGUAAACACUACGAGUCUGAUAACAAAGAGGAUCAACACGAUGCACAAAUUAAGAAACCGUUCGCAAAUAACACAAAACUAGAUUACAAACAGUUGAAUGGCGCUGCGCAUAGAGCUAUGAGCUGCGGGGAACGUGAUUUUUACGAGGAAAUGGAGUUCGAGAGUUGGGAGGUCAGUCCAACGCUUCGCGAUUUAGUGAGGCAAGAAAACGUGAAGCACGAGUUAAGUUUAUUGGCCAUUCAGCAAGAGAAACAAAAGGAGAUCGAAGAUCAGAACUUGAAGAGGCAGCUCAUUAUAGAUGUGUAUAAUAUUGUUUCCAACGCGGUCACGUGGGAGAAAUAUCAGUGGAUUCCAACCGAUUGGUUGUCGAAAUGUCUUACUGGUCAUUCAUGCUCCGACGGAGUGCCACCGAUCGACAAUUCCAGCCUAAUGUGCUCGCAUUAUCGACUCGAUCCCCUAAAGGUGAACCGUGCCAAGUGUCUACCUGUACUAGCCGCGGAAAUGAUCUACGCGAAAUAUCGCGGGGGGCCACGAUUGAAUCAGAACUCUCUCUGUGAAAUUUGCGUGAAACGUCGAUACAAAUUGCUACGUUUCAAACUGUCGCUCGAACGCGAUCACAAGGAGGUGAACGAGCUUGUGCGGAAUUUCAAAGAUCCAACUGAGACGAGUUACAUCGUGGGCGCCGACUCCUUGAAGUCCUGGCGGAGACUCGCGAUGGAGAAGUUCACGGAGGAUUUGGAACACGAAAUAGAAGAAGAGGACUGUCAAGGGCCGAACGGUCCUCGAAUCGAUACCAAACCGGCGAGCAAAGAAAGCGAGGGAUCGAAGGAUGUCGAGGAAAGCGAAAAGAACGAAGUCAUAAUCUACUUCAACGAGGAUCUGCUUUGUGAGCACAAUUCGCUGAAGACGCCCGACUCUUCGAGAAAAGUUGUGCCCUGCGAAGCCUGGAUCAUUCUACGGAAAUAUUUCCCGGAGUCUAAGGAAUAUCUGAUCGGUUCUGCGUCCUGUUCAAUUUGCGAAGAAAAGAUGGAGAACGCGCAAAGAGCGAAGAAAGAUGUAAAGAUAAAAGCGAAACAGCAAAAGGACGAGCUGAACGAGUUGUACCAUGGCAGAAACAGAAACGAGAUACUGAAAUGCGAGGAUCCGGAGAAGAAGUUCUACAUCGUGGAGAAGAGCUUCCUGGACAGUUGGCGUUCCUUCGUUCGGUACGCUGAAGUGUUCUCGAAAGCACCGCCAGUUGGCGUUCGAAACGCCACGCUUCUCUGCGAGCCACACAAAGGGUUUCUGUAUCCACCCACGAUUAACAACGAAUUAUAUUCCGUGGUAACUGCCGAGGAGUGGUCAAAGUUGAUGCAGUUUUACGACGUCGACUAUCCAGUCAUCAUCAAGAAGAGUGGCUGCGAGUUUUACACAGAUCCGA